AAUAAACACGCAUUGCAUAUUUAGGUACCGUUAAAAAACCACUGAUCCGGUCAACUCUUGUAAAUCGUGUCCACACUGCACGCUCCGUUUGUUUCUUUUUGAAUUAAUUCAAUACCCUGACAUUAUAUAUAAACUAGUACCCUGUACUUGGGUUUUAGUGUGGCGGAAAUGGUGUAUAAUUUUAUUUAGAUUUUAAACUGGAAAACAGAAAUUAAAUCUAUUAUUUUCGAGUCGGAUUUUAAAAAGGAUAUGUCUUCGGGUAGGCGAUCUAAAAGAUCGGAUCCCCACCGUCACUAUCGUGACAGUUACGAGGACCACUCAAACGGGGCAAGUGGUGUAUAUACCCGUGGUUACGUCCCUUGGCAGUGGGGUUACUGGUCUUCGGACAAUAUGGCUUACGCCGGACAAGAUGACGCCUUUUAUUCCAUCCAAGAUGACCGUUCCCGAGGUAGAGGACGAGGUCACUAUGCAGGAAAUAUGUAUGAUAACGCCGGUUAUCAUGGUUACAAACAAGGAAUUAGUGGAGGAGGCAGUUAUAAAUUAAAACCACCGUCCAGCACUGAUGGGUUUUCGGAAUACCCAGGGGAAGGAUCGGACAAAAGUUCCCGACGAUGUUGUGUUGUCAUGGCAGUCGUCGGAAUGAUGUUUCUUUUAGGAGCCGCCUUGGCAAUCGGAAUUUAUUUUGGUGUGGUUGAUAAACCAGAGUCCUUACGAGACCCGGAUGUAACUACGACGACGGUAGCGCCGGCGCCAGCGUUGUCUGUGGAUAUGUCGUUGACGAUAGAUCGGACUUUCGACCCGGACCUGUACAACCCAGAUUCUCAAACCUAUAAAGACCUUGAGACAGAGGUCAAAGAGAAGAUUGAUCAGAAUAUGAAAAACAGUCCACAAGGCGACAGUUAUUCUGAGGCUGAGGUUUUAGGAUUCAGCCCAGGUAGCAUUGUUGCUACAACGAGAUUAAAAUUUGCGAAGAAAACAGUAGUGGAAAACAAUGUUGAGGUAGAAUUAACUCCUGAAAAGAUUAUAACCACGUUUAAAGAUCAGUUAGACCAGUCUAACACCGUUCUGUUUGUCAAAGAUCAAAUCACAGCCAAAAUAAGCACAGCUGUAGGAAAUGUUGGCAUUGGAGAGUCGUGUACUGUACCCAGUGAUUGUUCAGUAGGAAACACAAUAUGUACAGGAUCACCUAGCACUUGUCAGUGUGAUACAGGCUUUUAUGACAGCAACGGUAACCUCAAGAAAGGAGUCUGUUUGCCAAAGAAAGACAUUGGCAGGACAUGUUUAGAUGAGAAUAGCUGUUCCACAAUUGACUCAGAAUGUAUGGGUACACCUAAAGUGUGUUCUUGUGUGACCGGAACCUACCAUAAAACAGACACCAAUGCUUGCCGACCAAAGCUACAAAAUGGGGAUACUGGUUGUGUUGAUGCACCUGUGCAGUGUUUGGUUCCUGGCGCUGCCUGUGUUAAUGGUAAAUGUGACUGUGAAGCAGGGUACCAACUGAAGAAUGGUGCAUGUACCAAAUUGAUCGAUUAUGAGGAAUCUGGCUGCUCUGUCGAUACCGACUGUUUAACUCCAAAAGCAAUAUGUGCAGUAGGCAAAUGUCAGUGCUUGCUUGUGGACUACUUCUCUAUGACAACUAAAUCUUGUGAAGCCAAGAAAAACAAUGGACUAGGAUGUGGUGAUAAAAACGAGUGCUUGUCUCCAAAUGCUAUCUGUGAUGUUACAUGCAAAUGUGCAGAUGAAAAAUACCUCAAGGGAACAGAGGGCUGCGUGCCAAAGGUGACCUAUGGAGGUAAAUGUGCCGCACCCACUGACUGUGUGUACGAGAACUCUGGCUGUAUUCUGUCACUGUGUAAAUGUGAGGAGUCCACAUAUCAAGAUGUUGAUACCAAAUCAUGCAAGCCUAAAAUUUUGUAUGGCCAAACAUGUAAAUCGAAAGAGCAGUGUGUCACUAUUGAUGUAGAAUGUCCUGAAGCCUCUAAAACCUGCGUCUGCCCGGACUCCAAAUACCUUGAUGGGGACAAAUGUUCUGAAAAAAAAGACAACGGUGUGAGUUGUGGUGCUGAUACAGAAUGCAAACUUGGAAACUCCAAAUGUGAGAAAGUUUGCGGCUGCCCCGCUGGAACAUACGUAAAUGGAGGAUCAUGCUCACCACAGGUCGCAAUAGGACAACCAUGUCUUGGCAAUGUUGGAGAAUGUGCAACUGGUAAUGCUAAAUGUGACGGCACGCCAAAAACGUGUAAUUGUUCUGACAACAUGUUCCUAAAUGGUGACAUUUGCUCUGAAAAAACGGGAACAGGAGAGACAUGUAAGGUAGAUGCUGGUUGCUCAUUUGAUAAGGCUGUAUGCCAGUCACUAAUUUGUGCAUGUCCAGUCGACAGAUUCGUGAACAAUGAUGCCAAAUCUUGUGAUUUGAAGGUUGACAAUGGUGGGAAUUGUAAGGGAGAUAAUUAUUGUAACUUCAAGAAUGCUGAGUGUAACAAAGAUAAAAAGUGUGCAUGCCCUGAUAACACCUACGAGGAGGGGACAGAGUGUAAAGACAAAAUUCCAUACGGUGGACCGUGUGAUACACCAAGCAAAUGUCUAACUGGUAACGUAGGAUGUAUAGAUUCUACAUGUCAUUGUGAAUCAGCAUUCUAUUACGAUGCGGACAGUAACAUAUGCCUAGAGAAAAAAGACAAUGGACUUGGUUGUAAAGAUUACAGUGAAUGCAAGGUUACUGGAGCCAAAUGUUUAAGCCUCGUCUGCAACUGCCCUGCAGGAACCUUCUUGAAUGGAGACAUUUGCUCACCACAGGUUGCAUACGAUGGGGCAUGUGUUGGCAGCAAGCCAAAUGAAUGUUCAACACAGAAUGCCAUUUGUGAUGGGACACCAAAGAAGUGUACAUGUUCAGAUACACAGUACCUAAAUGGAAACAUGUGUAGUGACAAAAUUGGUGAUGGUCAAUCAUGUUCGCCAGAUGACAAAUGCACUUUCUCCGAUGCUGUAUGUUUGAAGAGCUUUUGUACGUGUCCCCUUGACAGAUUUCCAAACAACGAUUCUGAGUCAUGUGAUCUGAAGUUGGAACAGGGAGAAACCUGUGUAGGUGCAAACCAGUGUAAGGUACUUAAAGCCGAAUGUAACACUGAUAAAAAAUGUGCUUGUAAUCAAAAAAUGUACGAAGAUGGAGGGGAAUGUAAAGACAAAAUCCCGUAUAAGGGCCGAUGCUCUAAAGCAAACCACUGUUUAACAACCGAUGCAGCAUGUACAGCAACGACCUGUCUGUGUGAAACAGGUUUCUACCAUGAUACUGAUAGUGAUGCUUGCAUGAAAAUCAAGGAAUUUGGUGCAGAUUGCACCUCUUAUAUGGCGUGUCCAACAAGCAGCAAGUGUACUUCUGGGAAAUGUGCUUGCCCUGAUGGCAUGUUUGAAGAUACAGAUAAAUGUAGCGCCAAAAAAAAGAAUAAAGAAGCAUGUAUGAAUAAAGGACAGUGCUUGUUUGAUUAUGCUGAAUGUGACAAUGUGUGCCAAUGUCCAGCAGGCAGAUUUGAAGAUGGUGACAGUUGUGAACCACAGGUAGGAAACGGAAAUACAUGUAAAGGAGACCUACUAAAAGAAUGUUUAAUCGAGGGUGCCAUCUGCAGUGAAACAGAAAAAGUCUGUGGAUGCCCAGAGACUAAAUUCUUAAGUGGUGAAAAAUGUAUUGAAAAAACUGGGAAUGGACAAAAAUGUAUAACAGAAACUGAGUGCAAGUAUGGGUUUGCAAAUUGUAUCUCAGAAUUCUGUACAUGUCCUGAAGACAGAUAUGCGGACCUAACCACAGAAACUUGUGAGCUUAAGGUUGGUCUGAAUGAAGAAUGUAAAAGCGACACAGCGUGCAGGUUUGAUGGGGCAAAAUGUAGCUUGGAAACAAGUAAAUGUGUAUGUUUAGACAAUACAUACAUAGAAGGAGAAGCUUGUAAAGAACGAAAAGUGUAUGGUGUUGAGUGUGGGGAUGUAUCACAAUGUGGAACUGGGUUAGCCAUUUGUUCAGGAAUACCUAAGAUAUGCACCUGUGAUGUGGGGUUUUAUCAUGAUGCUGAGACUGACACAUGCUUGCCAGUGAAAGGUUUUGGUGAUGUGUGUAAAACAGAUGACAUGUGCUCCAUGAACAUUAAAUGUAUUAAUACAAAAUGUGCAUGUCCAUCUGGUUACUAUGAGGACAACGACAUGUGUUCUGAGAAAAAACCUAACCAAGUUGUUUGUAAAAAAAAGGAAGAAUGUUUGAUCAUUGAUGCAGAAUGUAACCAGGUGUGCUUCUGUCCGAGUGGUACAUACGAAGACGGUUUGUUCUGUAAAGAAUUGGUUGCCUAUGAGGUUGAAUGCAAAAUGACCCCAGCUUGUAAGACCAAAUUUGCCGAGUGUAGUGACGCCACAAAGACCUGUCUAUGUCCGAUAACAAUGUUCCGAGAUAUUGAUACUGACACAUGCCGUGAAAGGGCUGGUGAUGGUGGAACAUGUGAAAAUGAUGACGGCUGCUCAUUCGGUGGUGCCGUCUGCACAUCUGAUAAUUGUGCAUGUCCUGAAGGCAAAUUUGCAAAUACCCAAACAAACUCUUGUGACAAUAAGAGGCCUAUAGGCGGAGCAUGUACAGACCGAAGUCAGUGUAUUACUGGUAAAGCUCUCUGUGAUGGCAGCAAGUGCGCAUGUUCUUCAACAACAUUUGAAAAAGAUGGACAAUGUGUAGACAAGAGGUCCAGUGAUGGGGAUUAUUGUAACAAUGAAAUAUAUAUAUUUUGUUUUACGUUCACAGAGAGUCCAAAUGGGGGAUAUUGUGACAACGCAGGGGAUUGUUUGGCCGGGAAUGCACUGUGUAAGGAAAAUGUGUGCACCUGUGCUGAUACAGACUACUUAAAGGAUGAUGAAUGCCUGAACAAGAAAGAAAAUGAUAAAGAAUGCGGUGGUAUGGAGGAAUGUUUAUACGGAGGGGCUGUCUGUGAGGCGACGUGUCAAUGUCCGGAACUGUAUAAGCUUAUGGGUACAACCUGCAUGAAACUAAUACCGUAUAAAAGUGAAUGCAGUGAUGUUGAGCUUUGUAAGACUACAGACUCUAUUUGUGCCGGGGAUCAGACUAACAUAUGUUCAUGUGCUGAGGGCAAAUAUUAUGACAGUAACCUUGAUUCCUGCAAGCCAUUGUUGGAGCAGGGAGAAAGUGGCUGUUUGGAUGCACAACAACAGUGUACCACAGACGACGCUGUUUGUGUGGACGGGAAGUGUAGCUGCUCACCUGGAACAUACUAUUUAAGUGGAAAAUGUAACCCAGGAAAAGAUAAUGGUGAGGCAUGUGGUACGACUGAGUGGUGUAAAAUAAGUGGUGCUGUCUGCGAGGCUAUUUGUAAAUGUGAAGAUGGAUAUUAUAGUGAUGGUUGGGCAUGUCUUGAAAAGGUACCAUUUGACGCACCUUGUACACAGGAGGGCAUGUGUAGGACAUCCAGUGGAAAAUGUGUCAUUGGAAAGUGUGGAUGUGGUGAAAAUUAUUAUCACGAUCCUCAAACAGACAAAUGUUUGAUAAAGAUAGGUUACAAUGAAACAUGUGUUGAUAGAAUACAGUGUAUAACAGGGAAUGCUGAUUGUAACGGAAACUUAUGUCUCUGUCCAGUUGGAAAAUACCUGGCGGAUGUCAGCUGUGAAGACAAGAAAGGUUAUGGUGAGCUAUGUGAAUCAUCAGAGGAAUGUGAUGAUGGUGGGCUAGUCUGUGAUGUCAUAGAGUGCUUGUGUCCAGAAGGCAUGUACUACGACGGCAUUUGCAAACAAAGGGUUGGUUUGGGGGAAUCCUGUAAAGAUAAAGAUCAUUGCUCUUUCACGAAAGCGGAGUGUGAAUCUGAAUUGUGUGCUUGUCCUGCCGGAACCUAUCCAUCGGGCACAUCUUGUAUGCCAGUGAAAUCUCAUGGUUCGUCUUGUGAUACCAAUGGAGAGUGUAAAACACAAAACUGUGUAAAGAACACGUGCAGUUGCUUAGCAACUCAGUACUUUGACACUGAAAGUGAAACCUGUACAACAAAGGUGGCAUAUAAUGACACAUGCUCAGACGUUGGCCAGUGCAGUACUGGCUCUGUAGAAUGUACUACAGGCAAAUGUGUAUGCUCCGACAACCACUUCUUUGACAGUGACAGCAACUCUUGUUUCAUAAACAUUGGGGAUGGAGGAAGCUGUACUGACCCAAGUUCAUGUGCUACUGGGAAUGCUGAAUGUUUGGGAGGAACUUGUACCUGCGGAACUGAUAAAUUCCUGAACACCUUCGCAAACUCAUGUGAUGACAAGAAGGGAAAUGGGGACCCAUGUAGCGAAUUCAAUGAAUGCAAAGACGGAUUUGAUUGUGAUGGGGUAUGCAAAUGCCCAACCAGUAUGUACCUUUCUGAUACAACUUGUUUGCCACGCAAGGAGAAUGGUUUAACAUGUGAAGAUGUGGGACAAUGUAUUGUAGAAAAUACAGGAUGUCUUGAAGGAAUUUGUAACUGUUCUGUGACCAUGUUCUUGUCCAAUGGUGCAUGCAUAACCAGAUUAAACCACGGACUUACAUGUGAGGCAGACGGAAAUUGUAAUGAAAAGUUUGUAUGCAAGGAUUCCGCAUGCAGCUGUCAAGAUGGUUACAUGUAUGAAGAGGACUCUUCCACCUGCAUUAUGAUUGUAACAACUACAGCAGCACCAACAACUAUGGCUCCAGAUGAAGAAGUUGUCAUUACGACAGAGGGUAAGCUGGUGUCCAAUGAAACAUUUUCCGAUGAUCUUUCUGAUCCAAACAGUGAGCUGUUCAUAAGGAAAAAAGAGGAAAUUGAGAGUUCCUUAGCUGAGACGCUUGAAGAAGGUACAACAGGGGAGGUUGUUGGAUUCGAGGAGGGAAGUAUACAAAUAAUUAUCAUGUUUACUGUGAGUAAGGAUCAGAUAUCAAUAGAAGCAGACAUACAGACAGAUGACAUACAGGAAGCUGGUCAACAAAUAGCGACAACUUUGCUCAGGAAAAUGGCUAAUGAAGUAUCAAACUUAGCAAAGAAGCUUCAAGAGAAAGGUGUUUUUGAGGAUGUUGCUGUACCAGAGAAUUCGGUCCAGAUUGAAAAAAAACCUUGUCUUGAUGAUGUCCUGAUAGCUAAACGAGCAGAAAAGGACAUUUGUGGAUCAGUUCUACGGAAACUUCAGGGUCUUGCCAACAGUCCUAGUAAAAGAUGCAGUGCCUACAAUGACAUGUUGAAUUGUAUAGCCCUCCAAUUUGAAUUUUCAAACACCAAUUGUCCAUGGAACAAUUUUAGGACAAAUUUUGAAAAAUUUAUAUUACCUCUCCUAAAGCUUGAAGAAAAAACAUUUAAACCAUGCAUCAAAGGAAAUUUUUUCAACUUUUUCCCCAUCGGUGGGACAGUAUCAGUUACAAACCCAUGUAAAGAUGUUACAGCUAUGAAAAUGGUGGCCAAAUAUGAAUGUAGUUCAGAAUAUUCUGUCAUAUCCAUGGUGACAGGAAGGAAAGACCUUGUUUGCAGCUAUGCUCUAUCAAUGGAGGCUUGCGUUCAAACUGUGUUGAUACAGAAGUUUAAAGAUCAGUACCUGUCCUGUGAAGCUGAAGCAGAUGUUAAACUUAGCCUCACAUUAAUGAUAGAUACUGAACAUGACUUUUUCGAAUCUAAAAAAGUUGCGCUGGAAGAAUGUGAAUUCUGCUUACCACCAAAUGUUUUCCACAUUUUCACAACAAAAUGUGGGCGGAGCAUGAAUAGUAUGGCAACUGUGUCUCAGGGUGAGGCAUGUGGGAUGCUACAUCAAGAGAUGCAGUGUAUAGAGACAUAUUUGAAGACAUGGUCUGAAAAACAUGAAUGUACAAUGGACAAGUUAAAGGAAAUGUUUAUGACAGACAAACGAUUCCUAGAAUAUGGACAAAAAUACUUGGAAUGGUUAAAUAAGGAAAAUUUUGCAGAAUGUUUAGCAUCUGAAAUGCAGUAUCUGGGACCAGCAGAACCUACAAGUAUUUGUGAGAAUCAGAACUAUGUUUACUACAAGCUGAGAUUUUCCCAAUGUUUUACAUACAUCAUAGAGGCAACAACUGGGGGCUGUCCCUCACUUUAUCAAGCUGUUGAGUGUGUGAGGACAUUGUUAGAGAAAGAGGACAUAACUUGCCAGUAUAAAGUCUUGGAGAAGAGUAUCUUAAAGAUGAGUACUGAAUACAAGACUAUCUCGUCUGUUAUUGAACCAGGAGGAUCUAUGGGAGGCUGCAUAAUGGAAACUGCUGAAAAUGCCUGUCAGAGCGCCAUACAUUUUAUAGCAGUGACAAAGGGAGAGGAUAUUAUACGAACAUGUCUUUAUAACCUUCAAAGUGUUCUCUAUCUACAAGAACCACAAUUCAUAAAACCAUACAAUUCCGAUAAAGGGUCAUUGGUUUGUGAUGUUUUACAACAAGGAACUCUGUGUACUUAUGGAAUAUUUGCAACAGGAUUCCAAGUAUGUACAUUCAGGCAAGCAUACAUGUAUAUUAAAGAGACAUUACCAGAACUUGUACAAAUCAUGGUUGCAGCUAUAGAAGACCCUGCUGAGAAGCCAGGAACUAGUGUAGAUGUCUUCCAUAAAUGCCCAGUUGACUUUGCAAAAGCGGAAGAUUUUGACUGUAAGGGUGAGUCUGCAGUCUUGACGUCAGUGACUGCAUCAUGUGCACCACUAGUCAUGUAUGCAGAGGACAAAUGUGUUACAUUUGAGGGAUGUGUGGAUGGAGCUAAAGAAUGGCAUGAAACAAUUCCAAUAUGCCCUGGAUAUGUAGAAUCACUUGAGAGUGGUCAAUUUAACUCAGACAUGGCAAAUUAUUUCUAUGAAGUGUCCAAAUUCCAGUGGAUGACUUGUUUUGAAGAAGCAUUUGAUCAUGAUGUGGCAUUUAGUUUCCGGAAGGAUGACUUCAAUGAUGACUAUUAUGAUUUAGACUCACCAGCUGCCAAAAAAUAUAUAGACGAAAAAUUACCAUUGUUACAAUGGAUCACAGAAGGGAGACCAGUUGAAGUCAAUGAAAUUGCUCCAAUGGGAAGACGUAAAAGAGAAGCGGAUGAAAACGAUGAAACUGGUACAGAAAUUUCUGCUACAGUGAAGGGGCCUAGAAACAUGCCACAGAUUAUGAAAAAACGGGCAAAAGACCUUCCAGCUAGUCAGAGAAACAACUUUGAUGCAAAAUUAAUCUCAUCAAAAGAUGGUUCACAUCCUGGCACUUGUCCUGCUGUAGAGUCUUACGAUAAAGUAUGUUCUGACUUCCUGGACCAAUGUUCCGAAGAUAGUGAGUGUAACAGUAAUCAAAAAUGUUGCAAAGAUGGAUCUGCGUACUUCUGUGUUGAUCCUGUCACUGAAGCUGCAGAGUAUACGGUAGAGUUAACAUUGAAAGAUGUAACAUGGACAGAGGAAAUGACAAAUGACAAAGAGGCACAACAAAAUUCAAUAGGGAAAUACAGUACAAUGCUUGGCAGUUUGUUAGAAGAUUUUGACCAUGAUUUACAGGAUUUAAGGCCAAACAGAGAAAACAAAAUGAACUUGGUUUAUAGUGUACAUGCUUUUGAGAACCCAAGAUCAGUGUUAGAAGAGCAACUUAAAGGCAUCAAUUUUAUUUCCCUGAGUGCCAUCACUUUUGUUUCGCAGGAAUAUGAAGCGAAAGAUCAUUGCCCAAAGAACUUGUUAGUGGUAGACAACAUAUUGAAAUGUAUUGAUGACCAGUAUACUGACAAUAGACUAGGAUACCAGGACUUUGAAGUGUGCAGUACUGUAGGUUACCUGACUUCCUGUGCUGCUAACAAAUGUCGCAAUCAGGAUGUCACUGGAUGUAGUGCAGAAGAUGUGCAGAACAAAAUCAUGAAUGAAAAGGAAUCCAUUUUAAAGAGAAUAAGAUCACAUGAUUUUGAAACUGGCAGCAUUUCAAGAAUAGUUAUCAUGCUGGAAAAAUAUGAUAGAAAUCAAUGUUCAAUUUCAGCUGAUGUUAAUCCUUGUUAUGAUAGAGACAUGAUAAUGACUGAUAUGGAGAAAUGUAAAGAUCAUCUGCUAUCAGUAAAUGCUGAUGAACCAUUAGGUGUUGACUUCUGCAGUGUUUUUGAUAAGUUCUCUUCCUGUGUGGUGGUAAACGUACGGGCUAGAGGAGCCCAGUGGUGUGGAGACCAUGAAAUAAGGGAGCAGUUGAUCAGAUUGCUUGCACUUCCACCUUAUUCAUUUGCUAUGUCAAGCUUUGAUGAAAAAUGUAGAGACGCAGAAAAGACAUUUUGCACAUUUUCAAGACUAAGGGAACUUUCUUGGUCCCAGUGCAAACCAAGACCUUACAUACACGACGGGGUUUGUAGUAAUGAGACAGUAAAAGAGAUGUUUACUGGUUUUAUGGCAUGUGUGCGUAUAUAUUCAUUGAGAGAUAAAAAUGAUUGCUCAGAGGAGGACAUUAUUAAUAUUGUUAAAAGUGAUAGGUAUCAUCUUGGACUUAUUCGUCAGGGAGAGGAUAUAACAACAUGUUUUUCAGAUGAAGCCAUGAAUGCCAUAAAAAGUGAAUUGGAAAGUAGAGAGACUUUAUGUAGCAGUUCUUUGGCGAUGAAGCAUUUCUAUCAUGAUUGUUUUGACGAUGAUUGUAAGCUUGAUUUAACACGUAUAGAGGAUACCAGUGCCCGAUGCACGUUUUUGUAUCAACAAAUUUCCUGCAUUGAGAAGAAUAUGAAAAAUGAGACCUUUGUCUGCACCAUUAACCAGUUAAUGACCACCGCUGGUGGAAUAAAAGACAAAUCUUUCCCCCUGACACUUUCAAAAGAACAGCUAGACCCAUGCAUUGAGAAUAUGGAAGCAGACGGCAUGAUGUCAUGUGAGAUCCCACUUCUCUCGAGGAUGAACGGUAGCAAAGAAUGUGUAGAACAUCUUUUACCAGACCUUUCCAAAUUAACUCAAGAACAGCAAUGCAAAUUGGUAUCUGUUGGAGGAAGCUGUUUAUCUGCUGUAACUGGAAAAGUUGAUGCUACAUGUGACAGUGACGGUACAGUGUCCGCCCUCAAACAUAUCAUAGCUGCAACUUCUGUUGCAAUGAGGCAAUUGGAGUGCAAGUAUGAUGAUAACGAACCAAAGACCUUCCCAGACUGUUAUGUGUGUCCACUUAUAGCGUCUAGGAUUUAA